AUGGUCUCCUUUCAAUGCGAGGCUUGUGGUGAUGUCUUCACCAAGAAGAAGCUUGAUCCUCACCGGGGCCAGUGUCGUGGUGCGAGUUUUUCCUGUCUCGACUGUAUGGUGCAUUUCCAGGGCACCGAAUACAGAUCGCAUACGGGUGCGGGAACCAAUGGACUGUGGGCCAAAGGCUCAUCGGUUCGGCUUGCGCAUGGGUGGAUGCUGGUUCCUGCUUCGGCUAGGAUGGCAGUGCUCGAUGAUUCGUGUGCCCUACAUGGCUUCGGGCCCCUCAUGAUUUGCGAGUGCGCGACCGUUGCAUCUCGCAUUCGAUGUUAUUGGGCAGUUUUGGGACGACUUCUGCGACCUGGUUGGUCGUCCGUCUUCCGACAGACAUGUAUGUCCGAGGCCCAAAAGUAUCAGGGUGCCUUAUACAAGGAAAAGCCCCCCAAGGGUCAGAAGCGCAAAAAGACCGUUACCAUUGCCGGCAACGUAGCUGAAAAACAACCCCGUAACCCUUACGUCGAGGAUGCUUCAGAUGUCGACGACGUUCGCCCUGGCCGUGACUUCCCUCCUCCCGCUCCAAGCCCUCCUCCUGCGACGUCCACAACUCAGGGAACUUCUACGCGGAAGGAAGAUAAGGCGGUGAAUGUGUUUGAAUAUCUUGUUCCAGAUGGUGCAAACGCGUCCAAGGUCUCUUUGGGGGGCACAAGGGAGCAAAUGAAGAUGGUCUCGGAUGCCCCCAAGCUUUUCGAUGCACCCAAGGAGCUUGCGCGCAUUUCAGAUGGCCGAGAGGAUGACGAAUCUAUCUAUGAUGUUGCGUACGAGGAGAACGGCUUCUCGUACGGCGCGGGCCCAAUUCCUCCGGCGUUAUAUGACCAACCGUCGAAUGUAUCCAUGGAGUUUAUGACGCCUGGUCAUCGGAUGAGAAACCGCUCCCGGCGGGAUCAUCCUCCUUCACUUGAACUUAAUCGAACAAAUAGUGAGAAGAAGAGGAAGCGGACCAAUCCAGAGCAUCUGGUAACCCCUGCAAACCAGACCAAAUAUGUAGAUGACGUUGCAAUGAUGGACGCUCCCUCGAGCAUGGUCGUCAAUGCCCCAACCCCAGCCCUGAACCAUUCAGGACUUACUGGAGGCUUGAGCCAGCUAAUGCGAUAUUCUGAUUCCCCGGAUUCCCUCGAUUACAGGAGCGAUCAUCAAGCUGGCGAGGUUUAUCCUCACCCAGUUUCACCGAUCAAGCGAACCCGCCGGGCUAAUAAGGAUCAAAAUGGGGAUAAUGGACUCGGCAUCUCUGUCAAAGGUCGUACAGGUAAGCUUAUGGAAAUACUGGGUGGAGGAAGUGGCACCACCACAGUUGCGGGCGUUAGUAAUGACCCGACAAUGAAAGCUCUUCUUCGCACCCGUCGAAGAACGUCACCGGACGCCGAAAAGGAGCAGGCUAUUCACACCCGGAAACAAAAACGGCACCGUGUACGGCAGCCGGACAUGGUGAAACCAUCCAAAUCAAAGCGUAAGGCCAGCGGCUCUCCCGCUGCAAAUGGUGACGACGCUGAUUGGGACGAUUAUGAUGAUGAACGGCCUCGAGAAAUUAAAGCGAUCGAAUACAACCCAAACGGAGACUCCGAGACGGGGGCUAGUUCCAAAGCCGGUGACCCAGCGGCCCAGCUUGUCGUCUACAAGCAAGGCCAAAACUACUCGGGCGAACUCGAACCCCUUAAGCGUGAAAAGGCGAAUCUAUUUUUGUCACUUGUCAACAAGGGACCUGACAGUGAACGGGGCUGCUCUAUCCACAAGAUCCUGAAGCGGUUCCACCGUGACCAAAAUUUGUCGGUGGGCUCAGAAGAACGAGAACCCAAGGACGGGAGGGAGCGAGGACGAGGACGACGAAGGAACCAGGGCGCUGACAAAGAGAAGAAAGAUGAGGAAGAGCAGGAAUUGUGGAGGAUGCUGAGGUUGAGGAAAAAUGAUAGGGGGGAGGUCGUGGUUUUCCUACAGCCUGAUGCAUGA